CUGAAGGUGACAGAAGAGGACUCAGAAGAUAGGGGAGAAUAGGGCCCCAGGGCUUUGCGAUUUCACACUUGGGCGGCCCCUCUCUACAGUGCCAUGCAGGAAGACAGUUCUCGAGCUCACUCGAUCAUGUCGUCGGGAAAAGCAGACGCCAGCACCUCCUGUCUCCCUUCCCAGUGCUUCGACCCCCUGAUCAGGUCAUGUGUGGAAUGCUCCAAGUUGUACAAGGACAAUACAAAGCCCGCCCAUGCGGCGCCCACCUCAGCCCUGAUACCUUCGCCCCCUUCGGCAGACCUGCCAGGCACACUCCUGAUCUUUGUGGUCCCUGUGGUUGUGGGGCUCAUCCUGGCUCUGGCUGCCAUUUGGGGCUUCCUGGCCUGGAAAGUGGGGAGGCAGAGGAAGAAGAGGAAGAAGCCGGAUGAGGAGUCCAAAGAAAGCCUGGACAACGCCGACUCCUCGUCAAGCCCGGUCCAGCAGGACCCCACUGCGCUGGCAGCAGACGAUGAUCUUGCUUUGGCCAAGUGCCCACAUGUCAACGGAGCGCCGAAGGUGGCUGGGCCGCCCGGAAAAGACGCAGCAAAGCAGAGGUUGUGCUGCCAAAGCAAUACCGUCGGCGACAUCAUUCUGCUCUCUGCCAUGUCCCCCUGCCUCGAGGAGUGCAACCACUGCUUCCCACUGCCGGCUACGGAGCUGGGGGCCACUGCCCUGGUCACCACCAAAACCACCCAGAAGACCUGCAUCAAUGAGGAGAUACCAUGAAAGCUGGGGGAGCAGGGCUGGAGCUCUCUGGCUUCUCCCUGCAAACACCAAGACUCCUUCCCUUGGGUGGAUAAAGUGUUGCGUGGAAGUGAGUUGAAAUCAGAACUAGGUUUUGCCUUGAGCGAGAUCAGCCUUCUAGGAUCGUUGCCUUUUCUACUUUCCCAUUUGUGCGGAGUCCCAAAUAAACCGGUAGUCACUGGAGGAAGUCUGUCGAUCAUGUGGAGUUACGCUGAGCCAAUAGCUGCCGUGGCUGUGCUGUCUGGAGGAGGCAGAGAAGAAGUGACCGGUGAGGAAGGAGGAUUGCUGGGGGCUGCUGUGCCAUUCACAAGGCUGCAGUGUUGCGGGCAUGGGUGAA